ACCCACGUGCUGGCACUACAGUUUAGGAAUCACUUUCCUGGUUGCUUUGAGAAACAGACACUGGAUGCUAGCCACGGGAACACAGGCGGUUCAAAGACUGCGGAUUCUGUUUCGUCCCUUGGACCUCAUUCCCUUGAGAGACUGGUUUGGUGUUGCAAUUGCCCUCCAGAGACACUCCCAGAGUUUCAGGUAAUCUGACCAUUUAAAGCAUUUGUUCUCAAUGAAGAGGAAACAUCCCAAAGGGACACAGAAUGCAAAAGUAGAAAUCUUCCCAGCAUCUCCAUGGAUACUGUGUUGGGCCAUUUGCCCAUGAGAAGACCAUGAUAUCUUCAAAUCUCUGGUGUGUCUCCAUGUUCUCCAGUGAUACUGUUCUUCCUUUUCUUUGUGCAAUGGGAAAAACUUGAAGGACAGGCAGAAUUACUCCUGUACUCCUGACAACUUCCACAUUUCAGGGUCUCCAAUGGAACAUGACAAUUAGAGAUCACUUCCUUUCGCUGUCUUUCAGAACUGAGCUAAAGAAUGUACUUCCUUAUUCUCUAGUGGGUUGCUGGCUGCUCAUUUUGAUAUUUUUUUCUGUUGCCUUUGCUUUCUGACUAUCUUAUAGAAUCAAAAAAAGUCAUUAAGAUUCCCAGCACGGUCACACGUGUCCGGACGCCUUGGGGGUCUGCCAUGGCUCACUAAGCCAGCAGUCCAAGGGCACUACCAUGAGGCACUGCCUUAAUUGCUGCAUACAGUUGUUACCAGACAACGCACACAAACAGAAGGUUGGCUGUCAAGAAGGCCUCCAGCACAGCCACCAGGCGUGCCCCACGUGCAAAGGAGAAAAUAAAAUUCUGUUUCGUGUAGACAGUAAGCAGAUGAACUUGCUUGCUGUUCUUGAAGUGAGGACCGAAGGGAAUGAGAACUGGGGAAGUUUUUUGCGCUUUAAAAAGGGCAAGAAAUGUAGCCUUAUUUUUGGACUGAUAAUAAUGACCUUGGUGAUGGCUUCUUACAUCCUUUCUGGAGCCCAUCAGGAACUUCUCAUCUCAUCUCCUUUCCAUUAUGGAGGAUUCCCCAACAAUCCUAGCUUGAUGGAUGGUGAAAACCCCAGUGAUAUGAAAGAGCAUCAUUACCAACACUCUUUAAAUAAUAUUUCAUAUGUGAAGGACUAUCCAAGCAUUAAACUAAUUAUCAACAACAUCAGAGCCAGGAUCGAGUUCACGACCAGACAGCUCCCAGACUUGCAAGAUCUCAAGAGGCAGGAGUUGCAUAUGUUUUCAGUCAUCCCCAGUAAAUUCCUUCCCAACAGUAAGAGCCCCUGCUGGUAUGAGGAGUUCUCUGGGAGAAACACCACCGACCCCUACCUCACCAACUCCUAUGUGCUCUACUCCAAACGCUUCCGCUCUACGUUCCACGCCCUGCGCAAGGCCUUCUGGGGCCACCUGUCACAUGUGCACGGGAAGCACUUCCGCCUGCGCUGCCUGCCACACUUCUACAUCAUUGGGCAGCCCAAGUGUGGGACCACUGACCUGUAUGACCGCCUCCGGCUGCACCCGGAAGUGAAAUUCUCUGCCAUCAAAGAGCCACACUGGUGGACUCGUAAACGGUUUGGAAUUGUCCGCCUGAGGGAUGGACUUCGAGACCGCUAUCCUGUGGAAGAUUAUCUGGACCUCUUUGACUUGGCUGCACUCCAAAUCCAUCAAGGACUGCAGGCCAGCUCUGCAAAGGGGCAGGCCAAGAUGAACCAAAUCAUUAUUGGGGAAGCCAGCGCUUCCACCAUGUGGGAUAACAAUGCAUGGAGUUUCUUCUAUGACAACAGCACAGAUGGAGAGCCGCCUUUCCUGACCCAGGACUUCAUCCACGCCUUUCAGCCAGAUGCCAAGCUGAUUGUCAUGCUCAGGGACCCUGUAGAGAGGUUGUAUUCAGACUAUCUCUACUUUGCAAGUUCAAAUAAAUCCGCAGAUGACUUCCAUGAAAAAGUGACAGAAGCUCUGCAGCUGUUUGAAAAUUGCAUGCUCGAUUAUUCGCUGCGUGCCUGCGUCUACAACAACACCCUCAACAAUGCCAUGCCUGUGAGGCUCCAGGUUGGGCUGUAUGCUGUGUACCUUCUGGACUGGCUCACUGUGUUUAAUAAGGAACAGUUUCUCAUUCUGCGCCUGGAAGACCAUGCAUCUGAUGUCAAGUACACCAUGCACAGGGUCUUCCAAUUCCUGAACCUGGGGCCCCUAAGUGAGAAGCAAGAGGCCUUGAUGACCAAGAGCCCUGCAUCCAAUGUGAGGCGUCCUGAGGAUCGGAACCUGGGGCCCAUGUGGCCAGUCACGCAGAAGAUUCUGCAGGACUUCUAUGGGCCUUUCAAUGCCAGGCUGGCACAGAUUCUUGCUGAUGAAGCGUUUGCAUGGAAGACACCGUGAGAGCUGAGUGCUUUAGGCACUGGGCCCACCGACUCUGACAUUGCCAUGACCUAACAGUCUCUGUGGGUGGGGAACCGUUUUACUCACAGCGUGGAGAAAACCCUGGAGACUCCAGUCUUUUCCUCUCCAGGCACCUGUUAAUUAUCUCCAUUUCAGAACUUCCUUUCUGAUGUUCUAUCGCUCAGAGACCCCUCACAGAGUUCUUCUACCUGAGGCUGUUGAAGUUGCACUUUGGCAGGAACUCAGCUCUGCUCCAAGAGCGCUUGGAGCUGCGGAGAGGAGGCCACAGGAGGUCACAGGCGAGCUUUGCCUGCCCACCUCCUGGAGUCCCAGCCUGGGGCUUGACAAUUCCAGGAUCCAGUGAAGCAGCUAGAAGUCAUGGCCCAGGGGUUGCCAGAACUUAAACUUCACAUGCACGUUUCAGUUCAAAGCGUUCUUUGUUACAUCGCAGCCUCAUGUGUGCAGAGAACCCAGCCUCUAUAGAGAACGGAGGCUCUUUCCUUUUCAUUUUUCACUCCAAAGUCAGCCUUUUAGUGACAUUAAAAAUAGCCCUUGUUUGGUCACUUCACUGCCUCCAAGGGAGAAGCAUCAGUUUGGUUUUGGCAGUACAUUGCUCUCUCUCUGACCUCCUCUCUCUCCCUCUUCAUAGAAUCUAUUUAUGUUUAACAUAGAAAAUGGAUGCAUUUAAAACAAAACUGCUUCCUGCAUUUGACUAGCCUUAGCUCUCUUUUUUGCUUCUUUAGAUGUUUUCUCAAGAAAUUCAGUUUAUAUUUGGAGGGGAAAUUUUUGCUGCCACUGCUAGAAUAGAGCAACCUCAAAGAAUUGAACACUGCACAGACGAUCUUGGAAACCGAAGCCCUCAUUGUGUGUCUAGGAUCAUCUGAGAACUGAGGGUGUUUAAUUUUUUUACUCUGUGGGAGGAGUUUAUUGUCCAUGACUUCCACCAAGUAUGGUCAGAAUUUCUUACUCAAGGAACCUUGAGAUAUUUGUGCCCAGAAUCAGAAACACAAUGCACAAGCUAAACUUGGGCUGAAUGUGGAAUCCUGGGUUGUAGAAUGCAAUCCCUGAGAACCAUGUUCUUAGUGGAAUUUUCCAGACCUCUUGACAGUGUAUGUAGUUUAUGGUGGAUGUGUUGAAGGCUUUUCGCUUUUUAGAAGUCGUGAGGAAGACUGGAGAGAAUGCUUGAGCCCAUUUGGCGGACAGCUCCAGCACAGGAGGACCAUGAAGUUUUGCACUGAGUGCUGUCUAGAGAAGCUUCCUGUAAACUGACGUUCCCAGAUCUGGUCUGCAGAAGUCAGAAGCUGCAAACACUAAAUACUUAGCUGUCACUUACACGUGUGAGCGGGCUGUGGUGGUGGGAGGACCUGCAAUUGCUCAGCUGUCUGAGCCUACUGCUGUCAUCUAACUUCUACUUUGCCUGUGGAAGGUGCACACAGAGCUCUCAGCACUGGCGUGGCUGGGCCUGAUUCUGCUACUGAAGGAGCCAUGUUUCUUGAACACCCAUGUGCAAGGGCAUUCCUUGCCUUUCACUCGCAACCAACAAUCAGAGCAGCAGCCAGCAGGAAAGUCUGGCCUGAGCACAAGGAUGCUUUAGGGAGAUAUCACUUCAGUGUGUGUGUGUGUGUAUUUAUUUGGAAGAGCGUGUGCAUGUGUGGGUGUGUUUUCUGAGUGGGUCCCCCUCCGUUCUAUUGUUGAUGAGGUUCCUCCACUCUGGACAGGAUGCCUUUAUAGAUUAAUUUCUCUGCCAAUUAACUCGUCAUUUCCAGUACACAUUUCACUAUUCCACACGGACCAUGAUUAUGAGGGGUUUUCCUUAUGCACUCCUAUGCAUGUGAAUAACAUGUAGGGUAAUCUGCUUCUUACAGAAGUACUACUGGAGGUAUUAUUUCCAAUAUUAUUUGGUUCAUUACCGAUCUUUUUUAUAUACACAGGCCCACCCCUUCUGCGCCACCCAGUGCCAUCCGACCACCCGACAUGGUUUUCUCUCUAGAGGCCACUCCAGAGGCCACAUCCAUUGCCUUUAUUUUCUGUUGAGGCCCAGCUCUCCUUGAUAGCACAGGUACCAUUUUGGGUGGUGGCUCUCUAGCCUGCCACCCCAAACCAAAGCGAGAUGGAGUGUUUCUCACAACCUGGUAUUGAAGUUACUUUGUGUUCCCAAACGCUGUGUACGGACUGUAUGAAACUGUACUCCCUUAGUCCUGUAAAGUAUGUUAUGUGAAUCACUGUUAUGCUGUAAUUUUAUUACUAUUUAACAUGAUUAAAGAAUGGACCCAA